UGGGGGCCGAGCCGCGGGAGGGCCGGGCGGAGGCCGCCGGCCUGGCCCAGAGGCAGCGGCGGGGGGUGUCGGACCACGGGUGCGGGAAAGGAGGGCUUUGUCAGCCAUGCCCCUGAGCCAAGGGCCCGGCCUUUGGUGGCUGCUGGCUGGCAUGAGGAGCUGAGGAUUGCACACACACCCUUCGCAGGGCCAAGGUGACUGUGGUGAAGCCAUGUGGCAGCUGCUGAUCCCGCUAGCCCUGUGGCUGAGCACGGUGGGCCUGAGCAGGGCCGAGCUCACAGCCACCCAGCACCGGGGCCUGCAGGUGGCCCUGGAGGAAUUCCACAAACACCCUCCAGUGCAGUGGGCUUUCCGGGAGAUCGGUGUGGACAGCGCCAUGGAAACGCCCUUCCCUGCGGGGACCUUUGUGAGGCUUGAAUUUAAGCUCCAGCAGACAAGCUGCCGGAAGAAAGACUGGAAGAAAGCUGAGUGCAAAGUUAAGCCCAACGGGAGGAAGCGGAAAUGCCUGGCCUGCAUCAAGCUGGACUCUGAGAAUAAAGUCCUGGGCCGGAUGGUCCACUGCCCCAUACAGACGCAGGUUCAACAGGAGCUUGAGGAGCGCCAGGAGGCACAGUGCGGCCGAGUGGAGCGGACUGGCGAGGACCCCCACAGCUACUACUUCCCGGGACAGUUUGCCUUCGUCAAGGCCCUGCCCCGCAGCUGAGGCCGGGCUGAUUCAGUCGGCUUCCUGGACAGCUGUGGGAGGUGACCAGUACAAGACAGCCCUCCUGUCCCAGUACACAGGGAGGACGGCCCCAUUACCCCCGAGCUAAUAAAACUGCUCUCUGA